GUGACGAUAUCUACACAGAAUCAGUACAAUUUUAACACAGAGACAUGUUUCCUGUGUAUGUCCUUGCUUUCCUCUGCCUGAUGGCUGUGAGCGAUUCAGCUCCUCCAGUCUGUGAAAAACUGGUCCACCCGUUGGAUCAAAUGGAUCCUCACCACUUCGAGGGCAGAUGGGCUUUAGUUGCAGGCAGUCUCAAUCACCAGCCAUCCAUAGAGGCCCUGAGACUACGAGACAGCAUCACUAUGUACUUCUCCAACUCCAGUGAAACCUCCAACUUCUCUUAUACCCAAAUCAACCGCUUUGGUGAUCAGUGCCAGGAGCUGCCCUACAACAUCUCAGUAGAAGGCAGCACCUUCACCUUUGAUGUGGGCAAUCGCUAAAACCUCACAGGGUCUUUUCUGUAUACAUCCUGUCCAGACUGUGUCGUGAUGAAGUGGGUUGUGGAGUCAAAGAAGAGGCGAUCUCUAGACUUGUACCUGCUGAGCAGGAGGAGGGAGCUGGAACAGGAGGAGAUGGAGGAGUUCAGGGCUCAGCUGAGGUGUUAUCAGCUGCCUUCGCCUGUUGUGAUGGAUCCUACCAAGGAGCUUUGCCCAGAACAACCUGAGAGCCAAUGAACAGCAGCAGCUCUGUCUAAGGAGACAACAGAGGAACAAAAGGCUUUAGAGACUUUGGCACAUGAUAUUCAGUCACACAGUACGGAAACAUUUGUAUGACAGUAUUUUUGCUUUGUACAGAUUGAAUAUAUUCAUCUAAAUAUCUUGAACCAUAGGUUUAUAAAGGCAAUGCUUUUUUUAUUUUUGUCAUGGAGAGAUGUCACCCUAAAUCAACUCUUGGAUGCUGCCAAUACAGCAUGGCAUGGUGGGAUUUAUUUUGUUACAAUGUCUAUUUCUGUUUUAUGUCUGUCCAUUUUGCAGAUAUGUCUCUGAUGUAGUGCAGAAGAGUUUGAAUAAUCAGUGGGGAUGGAUUUCCAAAAGACACCUGCAAGCUUGAAUUUCUUGCCCAUUAUUUUUUUUUCUUUUUUUUUUAGAUUCAAGUUUUGGAUUCAAGGAUUAAAGGAUAGCAGGUGUUGUGUCUUGUACCGAAGCUUAUAAGGCAAAUUUGUGAAUUGUGAUUUUGGAUUAUAUGAAUAAAAUUGACAUGACUCAAUUUGACUACUUUAAAAGUAAAUAGAUUUGUUCAUCUGAGUGCUGUGAAUUAGAAAGUAUUCUCUAAGCUCAUAGAUUUUUGUGGUUUAUACUAAAAUGUAAUGAAAAGACAAUAAAAUUAAAGCAUGCAACCAUAUUCACCCCUCUAUCCCUCUGGUACAUUGUUCAUUCACUCGCAUGGUGUAAUAAUUAAUGUGUGUUGCUCACUAAUUGGAUUAGUACUAUACAUUUUCAAAUCCACAACAAUAGGGUAAGCCUCGAGCACAUGUUCGUGCAUGCACACGUGCUCAUUCUUGUGCAUGUGUUAGUGACUGUUUGCUUGUGAGCAUGGUAUGCAAAUGUGGGUGUGAACGCACAGGGUACUGAGGGUGUUAGUGCACAAGGGAGGACAUACAGGCAGUGAGGCUGUAGCUGUGAGCAAAAAAAAUCCUUUUGUGUUGAUUAAACAUAAGUGACUUGAAUCAAGGCAAGUGUGAAUUCUCUCAGAAAUGUGUGUUGGAGGGCAUCUUCAAAGCAUUUUGUUAACAGACUGACUGGCUGGAGGCCGAACAUCCUGACUGCUCCAAACGGUUUUACAUUAGCAGACUUGUCACCAUGGCAACAAAGCCUGUGGCCUGGCAGGAACAGGGUCCUGUCAACUCACUAGACGAGUGGGUCAAUGAGUCCCGAGCACAAGGUGAAGUGGGUGCAAUCAUAAGCCACAGCUCUCCUCUGCAAGACAAAAAGGCUCCGAGGGCAGAACCUGAAGAGGAUAUAGACGUCCUGGAGCCUGGAGCUCAAGACGAAACUCUGCCAGAGAACCAAACACUCUUAAGAACCGAAAUAGCUGAUGCAACCAAGUUGGAAAAUCAGGAAUUAACAAGAAUUAGUCUGUGCACCCCCAGGGAGACACGAGAGAUGGUGACAGAAUUAGAACAAGUUGCCCAACUAUCAGAAGCAUUACAGACUCAAGAGGAAUUGGAAGAGUCUGUUGAUCUAUGUGAUGCUUUCCCGCUUCCUCCUCCUGCCUUCUAUGAUUUAUCAACAGAAGAACUCACUGACAAAGAGGAUUUUUCCAGUCUAGAGGAGGAGGAGGCUGAGUGGAUCAGUGAUGGUGAGAUGAUCUCAGACCCAGCAGACCUUAUAUCUCCUGAUAGCCAAAAUAGCCAAGAAUGGCCACAGACAGCUCCUCUCGCUGAGCCAUUUGAGGAGGAGGAGGAGGAGGAGGAGGAGGGAGAGGUCGAUUCUAUAUCUGAGGAGAUGGCAGACGAUAAUAUGACAACAGAAGAAAAUGUCACACAGCUGAACUUCUUAACAGAUGGUUUUGACAACAGUGAACCUGAAAAUAAUAUGUCAGGGGCUGCAGCAGCUGGAAAAAAUUCAACUCAUCAUUUUCCCUCUGACAGAAAUAACUCAGAUGUCUGCUCUCCCCCUUUUGCUGAUGAAAGUGAUGAAGAAGAGGAAGUGAGCAUUGAUAUUAUGGCUUGUCAACAGCAAUGGACAACACUAGAUAUCAGAAGUAAGCCUUUCCCACCCUCAUAUUCUGCCAAUAUCUCAGUUUCUUCUGAACAAACGUCAACCCUGCCUGCAAUUCCCUCAGAAAAACAGCAGAAGGAGCUGUUGUCCCAGAGCCAAUGUGAACUUGCCCCCAGGAGAGAAAACCAGGAAGCUGCACAACAGGUGCUCGGCCAGGGCUCUCCACCUUUGUCGACCGUUGCCAUGGAGCUGUCCAAUCGGGGCAGGGCAGCUUCUCAAGGCUCUGGUUGUAUUGUAGCUGCGAAAGAAAGGCAGAGCAGGGCGGGGGAAAGAACAGAGGGAGAAAGCGAGCAAACAGGUGGAGAGGAAGGGCAGAAAGAGAGUGGACUUGAAAGGAACAAGGUAGUUAGGCAGCAACACGGUGGAGGACUGUUAACAUUUUCAAAAACAGUCAGAACACAAGAGCUUAAGACAGAAAAAUACAGAUUUGUGCGUUCCAAACACACCAGGAUGGAGAGUGACUCGUGUGACGACAGCCAGAGUGACAGUGGAGUUUCAGCAGACUUCUCCCCAUGCAGCACUUUGGAGGGCAACACCACCAUCUCUACAUGCACUCCAACUGCUUUACCCAAAGAGACUCCCAUUGAGAGGGAGAUUCGACGGGCUAUAGAGCGUGAACACAGUCUGAGAAGGUCCAGAGGGCUUCCAAAUCCACCCACUUCACCGGAGUAUGUAGAGAUCCCUUUAAGGAAAACUGUUCUCUGCCAAGCUGUAACGGCUAAGUCUGAGAGGUGUCAAGGCAAAGACAGGCAGUUUGCAGGCAAAAAGAUGCAGCAUGAGAUCUACGAGGAGGUCCAAAGAGAACAGGACCUGGUCAAGCUCGGAAAGGUCCCAGGUUUCUAUGACAAAGGCACAGUACGGCAACUCAAAGAGAGGAAACAGCUUUUUGAGGCCUUUCAGAAACCCAAUGACUCAAUGACUUUGUCUAUGUCAGCCAGAAGUAAAACCGAGUCCUGGUCUUCUGCCAGUGACAUUUCAACCCUGGUGAACCAGGAGGACAUGUCAUCACAGGCAUCCACAAUAGAAGGCUUAUAUGCAGAGAGGAGUCCUACGCAGAGCCCAAACUCAGCGAAAGGAGGGAGUUCUACUUUUCUAACCCCCCGAGGACCAGGCUUCUCCAAUGGAACUGGCUGUCAGGUCAUCAUCCUAGAGAAUAACCUAAGCGUCCCAGCACAGAAGCUCUACCAUGCCAAACCAGAGGCAGAGCCCGUCACUGUAGUUGACUCUGGAAGACUUAAUAUCUCAUCAUCCAGGACAGAAGGACAUGGUGGGAUCAAAGGAAGGGAGCAGGAAAAAGAGGAGGAAGAGGUGGAGAUGGCACCCAAAGAGAACCCCUUUUUCAAGCUGCGCACCUCAACAAAUUUAGUCAAAGUGGAGCAGGACAUCCGGGAGGCUCAAGAGAGGGAGAAGGAGCUUCACAAGCAGAGGAUCAGUCUUUACGGGGGCACAGAGGGUGCAAAAGAAGGGGGGGUAGGACGAGGAGGAGGAGGGGGAGGAAGGCCAGCCAGCAUAGAAGUAAAGAGUCCCACAUUGUCUUCUUCCUCACUGAAUGGACUGGUUGUACCUGGCUCAUCAUCCAGGGGAGUAACUGGACCCCCAGCAGCACGCCAGUCAGUUGGCAAGUUUGGCAUGUGGCCCCCAGCCCAGGCUGAAGAGGACAAGAUUAACCAGCCAGAGGUCCUUCACAGUCCCCGGACCCCCAGACACAAGAACCCUCUGGUGCAACGGUGGGAGGCAGGCCUGGUCAACGGCCACCAUGAGGAAGAUGACUGAGGGAGGAGAUGUUGACAGACCGAACUGAAGGAAGGAGGACUGGCUGAAAGACUGUGAGAUAAAAGGAGCGCAGUGUGAGGAAAGCAGGAACAGACUAGAGGAGGGAGCUGUGAUAAAGAGGAGGAAAGGGAGAAUGUGAAGUGAGAAAGAGGUCAGGGAUUGAGGCUACAAAGGGGGUCAGGAGGAUUGGGAGCGAGGAAAAGGAUUGGUCGUGGACUGAAAACCCUGAAGAAUCCUUCAUCAAGGAGGAGAGUAAGGAGGAAGAGGGCCACCUAUUAGUGGAUAAGCACAUGGCUUGCUUCUGGUGCUGGAAAACUCUGAGACUAAUGAAUGUAAAAAGGCAAAAAUGAUAAUAACACUGCACUGGAGAAAAGAAAAAUGUAAAUUUAGUAAGAAUGGGAUUUUUAAACCCUAAUGAACUUCUUUACCGUUGGGUAUUUUUGGAAUAAUAAUGACUUAUUAUUUGUUGAUGAAAAUAGGAGUGGAAGAGUAUCUGAUAGAAAAUGUGUCAUUGCCAGUUUUAUGCCUUCAUGAUGUCUUACACUGAGUUACUAUUUUAUUACACCUGUACAAUCUAAAGCAAUCCCAUGUCAUGGCAGUGCAAUAAAUCCUACCUUUGUAUAGCUAAGCCCGGUUCAGUUUUUAAUGGCACUGUAUCAGAGAGUUGUUGAUUCAACUUUGUGGUCAUUAUAGAUGUUAUAGUUAGUGGUUAGGUUGUAUUUGACGGCAUUAUAAUCAAACUUGUCUCUGAAAUGUUCUCCAUUUCCAUAUAUGAAGGAACUUUAAGUUAGAAAUUCCUCUCAGCAUAAUGGAGUCCAGUUCAACACCAACACUCACUACAGUUGCUCAGCUUCAUAAAGAGAAUUUAUUUCAGCGUUGUUGUAUGUGAUCAUGUUGUUGAGGUUUUCCUAAUAAACUGGUAACUCAGUGUAUAGGCCAGUGAUCUGAAUUAUUGCCCCAGUCUUAAUCCAUGAAUAGCUAAUUAUUUUGUUAUUUUCAUGCAUCACUACUGAAAGCUGGAUUUUAGUGCAAUAAAGCACUGUCUUAAAUAAGUGCAUAGUUGAUCUGUAUUUCAAAGCUGAAUGAUUCUGCUGUAAAAUACCCACACAAAUCUUUAAUAAUAGCUGCUCUGUUGUUAAAUAUCUUUCAAAUGAUGCAGUUGGUAUUGUAUUUUGGAAUGAACUUGAUACACACAAUUAA